AUGCUCUCCCUAAGAAGAUCCUUACGAGGUGUCCGUGGUGUCUCGCUGUAUAUUGCCCCAUCCACCAGGGCCGUAGCCAAGGGUUUGGCUGCCCAAGCGGCUCGCCGUACCGCCGUCGCUGCCCCCUACUCUACCAAAUCGGUUGCAUUUACCGCCGACACCUAUGGCUCCAAAGUGUCCAGAGACGAAAAGUACAAGAAGUUGGACGACGCCGACACUAAGUACUUCGAGUCAGUGUUGCAGGAUACCAACGGACUCAUCACUGAUGCUGACGACCUCUUGUUCUUCAACGAGGACUGGAUGAGAAAGUACCGUGGCCAGUCCCAGCUUGUGUUGAAGCCCAAAACCACCGACCAGGUGUCCCGCAUCUUGAAGUACUGUAACGACAACUUGUUGGCAGUCGUCCCUCAGGGUGGUAACACUGGCUUGGUGGGAGGUUCCGUGCCGGUGUUUGACGAAAUCAUCAUCUCGCUCAGCAACUUGAACAAAAUCAGAUCGUUUGACGAUGUCACCGGUAUUUUGAAGGCCGACGCUGGUGUCAUUUUGGAGAAUGCUGACCAGUACUUGGCCGACAACGGCUACAUCUUCCCGCUCGAUCUUGGAGCCAAGGGUUCGUGUCAUGUUGGAGGUGUGGUUGCAACCAACGCUGGUGGGUUGAGAUUGUUGAGGUACGGUUCUUUGCACGGUUCUGUGUUGGGAUUAGAAGUGGUUUUGCCUGAUGGAACCAUCUAUAACUCCAUGGACUCCUUGAGAAAGGACAAUACUGGCUACGACUUAAAACAAUUGUUCAUUGGUUCCGAAGGUACCAUUGGUAUCAUCACCGGUGUGUCCAUCUUGUGUCCUGCCCGUCCCCAAGCAUUCAACGUCGCUCUUUUGGCCGUAUCCUCCUAUGAAACCGUGUUGAAGGUGUUCGCUGGUGCAAGAAGAGAAUUAUCCGAAAUUUUAUCUGCCUUCGAAUUCAUGGAUGGAAAGUCCCAGAUCUUAGCUAGACGUCACUUGAAGUUAGACCAUCCUAUCGAAAGCGGUGAAUACCCAUUCUACGUUUUGAUUGAAACCUCUGGAUCCAACAAGGACCACGAUGACGAAAAGUUGGAAACAUUCUUGGGUAACGCCAUGGAAGAAGGUUUGGUUGAUGAUGGUAUCAUUGCCCAAGACGAAACCCAACUCCGCAACUUGUGGUCCUGGAGAGAAUCUCUUCCAGAGGUUACCGCUUCUGCUGGUGGUGUCUACAAGUACGAUGUCUCGUUGCCAUUGGCUGACUUAUACGGGUUGGUUGAUGCUGCCAAUGAAAAGUUGGUGGAGGCAAAUUUGGCUGAUUUGGAUGACGAAUCCAAGCCAGUUGUGGAUGCCGUUGGUUACGGACACAUUGGUGACGGUAACUUGCACUUGAAUGUUUGUACCAGAGUGUACAGCAAGGAGAUUGAGCAAGUUUUGGAGCCCUUCGUCUAUGAAUGGAUCAGCGAAAAGAAGGGUUCUGUUUCCGCAGAGCACGGUUUGGGUUUCCAGAAAAAGAACUAUAUUGGAUACUCCAAGAACGAUGUGGAAAUUGAGAUGAUCAAGGGCUUGAAGAAGCACUACGAUCCUAAUGGAAUCAUGAAUCCUUACAAGUACGUUUGA